AUGGUGUUGGGCAUGCCGUGGCUUGCACGGCAUGAUCCUAAAAUCGACUGGGAGAAGUGUACGGUCGUACGCUUCGGACGCCGCGGCGCAACAGAGAGCGAUGGCCCUGUUAGCGCAGCGGAUACACCUAACGGUGCAUCCGAACCUCCUUCAGAGACAGUGGCUCGCGCCGCUGUCUCCGGUCGCAGCGCGAGGAGCGCGCGAGCUGUAACGACUCCGGGAGUCGUUGACAGUAAAAGAGUGUCUGGUCAGAGACCAGACACUUCUAGAAUGUUCUCCGUCGCAAGGCGUAGAGGUGGCAACAGCGUGUCGACUCGGGAGUUGACACGCGCUCGAUAUCAAAAUCGAGAAAGCGUCGAGGUGACCACGGUGUGUCAGCUCUGGGAGUUGCGACACACUGCUCCGCGAAUAGGUGACAACAAAGCAUCGACUCCGGGAGUCGAUGCGACAAGUUGUGCGGACGGUUGCAAACGUCCAGCACUGAAACUUGCGUGCUGUCGUGCAGCCGGGCUGCACGAAGCAGGGCGCGAUCAAGCCGGGCUUGAUGACGCGUGCCCGCGGGUACAAGAACCCGCCGGCGGUCGCCCGCAGACUAGAAUGUCUGUCGACAGAAUCAAGGAACGUUCGUCCAUGGCCGGGCCUCGACGAAACGCAAGUGAAUCAGGGAUUCACAAGAAGAAGCGACGGCGCAGGCACAAGACGCUGCGCAAGUCUCGGUCAGGGACCGAGACUCUUAAUGGUGUGUCUGCCGAGCAGACACAAGUGGCAACAAUGGCCGUCGAGACGUUGAACGUCUGGAACCACCAGUACAAGUGGGUGCGCAACAAGAUGGUGCAUCUCGCUGCUGUUGCAGCGGAGGAGACCUCCGUACAGUCGGCACGUCUGUUCGUAGACAUGGUGUUUAAACACCAUGGCAUGCCCACCGACUUUGUGUCGGACCGAGACCCGCGCUUCACGGCGCGUUUCUGGCAAGAAGUGUUCACACUUCUUGGAACACGGAUCAUCCGCAGACGGACGGGCAAGCCGAGCGUG